AUGGCUGCCAAACCCCCACCCAAUAGCGGCGCCCGCUACAAAUCCACCUGGGGCGGCGACGAAAACCUCGCCAACGUCACCGACGCCGAACGCGCAACGCGCAACGCCGACGCCGCCGAACUCAACGACCUCUACUACGACUUCAUCACAGACCACUACCAAGGCGGCUGGGGCGACAAAUUCCACUUCUGCGGCUACCAACCGCGGGAGUCCUGGGAAACCGCCCAGGCUCGACACGACCACCAUCUCGCGAUGGUGACAGACAUCCGGGCGGGCAUGAAAGUCCUCGACUUGGGCUGCGGCGUCGGCGGGCCCGCGAGGGAGAUUGCCGCUUUCACUGGCGCGCACAUCACCGGCGUGUCGAUCAACGGUAUGCACGUAGAGCGGAGCAAUCUGUAUAACGCUGAAGACGGCCUAAGCGACCAGUGCCACAUGGUGCAGGGAAACUUCGUGGAUCUCCCGUUUGCAGACGAGACGUUUGAUCGGGCGUACUCGAUUGAGGCGCUGUGCUGUGCUCCGGAUGUGGAGAAGGCGUAUAGUGAGGUGUGGAGGGUGUUGAAGCCAGGAGGCAAAUUGGGGUUUUUGGACUGGGUGAUUACGGACAAGUAUGAUGGGGAGAAUGAGAAGCAUCGGAAGAUUCGGUCGGAGAUUGAGAAGGGUGGUGCUGUGCCGUUUAUGACGACGGUGGGGAGUCAUGUGGAGAAGUUGGAGGGUGCGGGGUUUAGGAUGGUGAUGGAGGAGGAUCGUGCGACUGCGAAGGCGAAUCCUAUACCGUGGUGGUGGGCUCUCGACGGCAAGCACGCCACGACAAUGCGUGAUCGAUUCAUGGCCUGGAGAAUGGGCGAGAAGCCGUUCAAGUGCAUCUGGUAUCUCGCCAAGGUGAUGAAUGCGAUGCAUUUGCUGCAUCCAUCGCGCAUGCAGGCGCUCGAGACUGUGUCGAUGUGCGUGUACUCGUGCCGGGAUGGCGGAAAGGAAGGCAUCUUCAGUCCAAUGCAUUUGUUCGUCUGCGAGAAGGCGGAGGUGAAGGUGAAGGACGAGGUGCCGGUGGUGGUGUCGUCCUGAGACGCGGGCUGUGCGGAGGACUGAAUUGUGCUGAUCGAGAGAUGAUUCAGAUCUGCUCUUAUUAGACUUGUAUCGCUCUGACGCUGCAAAAGCCUCCGUCUGUAUCUAUUUGGUACGUUCGCAUU